AUGUCUUUUAAAGUUGAAGAAAUAAAAGUUACUUUAAAUUUUCAUGAGGAACUCAUUGAAAACAAAAUUAAAACUGCGUUAGAUUCUUUCAUAAAAAAUAAAUCUACUCACAACGAAAUUCAAAAUAACAACAUUGAACUCAAAAAAAUAAACAGCAAGCUAAGAGAAAUAGAAGAUAGAUCAAGAAGGAACAAUCUAAGAGUUGAAGGAGUUAAAGAAGAUGAUAAUGAAAGCUGGCUAGAAAGCGAAAAGUUAAAAAAAUUAUUUGAUGAGUACUUGGGCAUAAAAGAUGUAAAAAUUGAAAGAGCGCAUAGAGCUGAUAAAGAAGAUAUAAAAAAGCACAGAACAAUUGUUGUGAAAUUAUUGGAUUUUAAAGAUAAAGAAGCAAUUUUAAAAAACUCUUCAAAAUUAAAAGGAAAGAAUAUUUUUAUCAAUGAAGAUUUUUGCGCGGAGACAAAUCGAAUAAGAAAAGACUUGCGAGAGAAAAUGAAAAUUGAAAGACAAUUGGGAAAAUUUGCAUAUAUUUCCUACGACAAGCUUAUUGUACGCGAGUGGAAUGCAAAAAAAAAGUUUUGAUCCAGUAAUUUUAGAACGAAGUACAAAUAAGCGAGGAGGAGGAGUUUUAUUUUUUGUUAAAAAUGACCUUCUACAUAAAGUUCGAAGCGAAAUGUGUGUUUCUGAUGAAAACAAAGAGAUUUUAACAAUAGAACUUAUAAAUAAGCGUUCAAAAAAUAUACUAAUAAGCUGUUGUUACAGGCCACCAACUGGAAGAAUUGAAAAC